CAAAGAUGAGCAGAAGCAUGGUGAUGCUGAUGGGGUUGCAUUGCAGUUGCUGAAGCAGAAAUAAUGUGAAGGGCAUGUGCAACAGCACACGCAAUGCAAUGUGAAGGAGCAGGCAGUGCAAACGGAAAGGAUGAGUGCAUCUCAAGGUAUCAACCCCAAUCAGAACCGGGCUACUGAAUACUGAUGCACGCAUCAUGCAUGCCGUCCAGGUAAGGUUCAUGAUUGCUGGCACCUGGGAGCAAUGGCACAUGAACAUCGAACAUGGUUUGCCUCAGGUGCCCACUCCUCUAUGUUAUGGAGAAUGAAUGGUCAUGCGAAAACAGCCAGAAAAAUGAUUGAAAAUUCUUGUUGAUUCUUGCGGAAAUCCUGUGAUUUUCUUCGUCCCAAAGGAUGGCUUUUGUGGGUUAAUGUGGUCUCUAAUCCAAUUGAAGUCGGGCGAUGGGGUUGAACUUGAAUCAUCCAUUGGUAAUCAUGAGCUGCUGAUGGCAUUCGUGCAGUGCAGCCACUUGGGCUGGAAUCAAACGUAAUUAAGCCAUCAACGUUUGCAGAAAGCCAAUGUAAAGGGGCCCCUAAUCUUUUGCUGUUCUUGGAAAAUAUUACUACAUUGGUGGCACCAAAACGGAUGAUAAUUACAUGUAACAAACCAUAAGAGUUUGGAACUGGGAAGUUGGCAUGCAGUCUCUCACCAAAGCUGCCUUUACACGUCUCUAACAAACAACAUUUUUAGAGUCAGCCUUUGUCCAGAUUGUUCAUUCAAGCCAAAGCAUUAUCUAAUCACCACCACCACCAUCAUCAUCAUCAUCUUAAUUUGUGCUUACAUGCAUAGCUAGAAACAGACCAAAGGACAACAAGAAAUGAUGCAAAGAUUGAACAAACAAAUGCCAAAGGAAAAAAAAAAGGGUAUAAUAUGGACACCGGUGUAUCUCUCUCUUUUAGAGGAUGAGUAAAGCAUAAACUACACCACACCUUUCCCUGUCGCCAUUAUUCACUUGCACUUCAAGUCCACAAGAAAAUCAUAGAUAGAACGAGCCACAGCUCCUCCUCCUACUUCUUCAGUUUCUCAUCGUCUUCUUCUUCUUCUUUCUCCUAUAAAAUUAUCUGGUACACCUCGUACAUUGUAUUCAAGGCCAAGGAGAUCGAGCAUAUAUACGACACUGUUUGUGUGAACUGUGAAGUGAAAGAAUGGAGGCAGGAGGAGGAAGAAGAAGGGCAAGAUCAAUGCUGUUCUUGGCGCUAGUGUUGAUGGCGAUGGCCGUGGCAAAGACGGUGAGCGGCGGCGAUGAUGUCGGCGCCGGAGGCGAGGAGGGAGACCAUGAUCACGAGCAGUUCUUGAAGCUAUGGACGGGAGGAAGAGGCGGAGAUGACGACGGGGAAGAUCACCUGAGCUGGGAUGACGACGACGACGACGAGGAGGAGGAGGAGGCGGAGGAGGUGACGGCGUCGGCGUGGGCGGCCAAGUGCCGGCCGCCGAUGGGGAAGAACGUGGUGAACGUCGACAGCUUCGGCGCGGCGGGGGACGGCUGCUCCGACGACACGGAGGCGUUCUUGAAUGCUUGGAAGAAGGCAUGCUCGCUGAACAACGCCGUGUUCUUGGUCCCCGGCGGCCGGCGGUACAAGGUCGGCGCAGCCAGGUUCAUGGGGCCCUGCAAGAGCAGGCUGAUCGUCCAGAUCCAGGGCACGAUCGUGGCGCCGGAGGAGCCGUCGGAGUGGGACGCGGCGAGCCAGCGGCUGUGGCUCCUCUUCUCCGGCCUCGCCGGCGCCCGCAUCCAGGGCGGCGGCGUCGUCGACGGCUCCGGCGCCAAGUGGUGGGCCAACUCCUGCAAGAUCGACCGCUCCAAGCCAUGCAAAGGCGCCCCAACGGCGUUGACCAUCGACUCGUGCAGGGGGGUGCGGGUGCGGAACCUGCGGCUGCAGAACGCGCAGCAGAUGCACCUGACGGUGUCGCGCUCCCGCGACGUGCGUCUCGCCGGCGUGCGGGUGGACUCGCCGGAGGACAGCCCCAACACGGACGGCAUCCACGUCGCCGACUCCACCGCCGUUACCAUCCAGGCGUGCCGCAUCGCCACCGGCGACGACUGCAUCUCCAUCUCCAACGGCAGCUUCGCCGUCCGCAUGAAGGACAUCGACUGCGGCCCCGGCCACGGCAUCAGCAUCGGCAGCCUCGGCCAGGGCGGCUCGUUCGCCGCCGUCGAGGGCGUCUCCCUCGACGGCGCGCGAGUCCGCCGCGCCCAGAACGGCGUGCGCAUCAAGACCUGGCAGGGCGGCGCCGGCUACGUCCGCGACGUGCGGUUCGCCGACGUCCGCGUCGACGGCGUCGACCACCCCAUCGUCAUCGACCAGUUCUACUGCGACUCCCGGAGCCCCUGCCGCAACCGCACCUCCAACGUGCGCGUCAGCAACGUCAUGUACAGGAACAUCACCGGCACGGCGAGGCGCGCCGAGGCGAUCCGGCUGGCGUGCAGCGACGCCGUGCCCUGCGUCGACAUCGUGCUCAGCGACAUCAACCUGCGGCGCGAGGACGGCGCCGAGGUGCAGACCGUCUGCAACUGCGCCAUGGGGUUCGACGACGGCCGCGUCCGCCCCGCCGCCGACUGCCUCAGGACCAGCCCCUGUGGCGGCGUGUCGCCGGACGACCACCCCGACGACGGCGAGGUCAAGGAGAAGCUGGACGACGCGCCGCCGGUCCGGCACACCGAGCUGUGAAACUGAAAUGAUCGAUGUGGCUUAAUUGAUUAAUUAAUUAAGCCCUUUUGACCCUGCUGUUAAUUAGUAAUUAAUUUAUCCUACUACUGCUUAAUUUUCUGUUUUGUUCCAGUGUGCUCUGUAAAUUAUUGUUAUUAUAUAUGUUUGACUUAUGUUUGUAUGAUGGUCAGUAAGAGGAUUAGUACUCCUAUGUUUUUGCAGCAUCACUGACUACUUUCUCCGUUUCACGAUAGAAGGCUUUCUAGCAUUGACUAUAUUUAUAUAGAUGCUAAUGAAUCUAGACAUAGAUAUAAAUUAUGUAUAUUCAUCAAUUGAUGAAUUUA